UGCAUUGAGGGUUAUUGUCCAGUCAUACUGUUGUGGGUUAAGUGUUAAUUAGAGUGACAGCUUGGGGUAAGAAACUGUCCUUGUGCCUGGUUGUCUUGGUGCACAGUGACCUGUAACGUUGUCCAGAGGGGAGGAGUUCAAACAGAUUGUGUCCCAGGUGUGAGGGGUCUUCUCCACCCUCCAGCUCUGCUGUCUCACCUUGAGAGACACAAAUCUCCUCAGAGCUCUGGGAGGACGUGACAGUCUAUGAAGGGGUCAGAGUGACUCUGCAGAGCAGUCUGAAAACAUCUGACUUAUAUAAUGUCCUCAGUCAAAUGUCAGCCUCCAAAUGGUGUGUAGUGUCUCCACCUGGUGGAGAUCAGUGAGGAAGGCAGGUGCUGAGACAGCAGUUGAACGUGUUUUGAAAACGUAGGUUUAUUUGCUUUUUUGUUAUGAAGUCGAUCAGCCAGAUCAGUACCUCUCUGUAUACUAAGUAUCAAGCCACAAGUGUGAAGACUGAUGGACAACACUAAAACAUAUUGUAUCUCAGUAUGGUGCAGCCUGUUGCUUAAUGAAAACUGUUCAGUGCCUAGCAGCUUUCAAGAGUCAAGGAUAAAGUCCAACUUUGAACGCGUGUGCAGUUUGUGGAAUCAGUGUAUCUUCUGAUCAGUGCAUUACGCCUGACCCCAUGCCGUAUUUUGCCAGUCAGGUCAUUGUUGUAAAUUCAUAUUUAUAUUGAGGAAAGCACAAAGGUUUUGUAUUUGUAAUUUCUUGAAGUUGUAACUUUUUAAAACUUAUUCUGUCAGGCAAAAUACACACUACCUAUUAUAUGUAUGAUUUACAAGAGUUUACAAAAACAGAGUUUUGCAUACAACUUAUUUGUUUGUGCACAGCCAUAGGCUAAUACACGUGCAUAUUAUUGCCAGCUGUCUUACCUCAUAUGAGACUGAUGCCAAAAUAGAAAGACUAUGGCAGGCAAAUGCUAAUUUUCAGAUUUAGAAUGAGGUUCAAAGACACAGAAAGACAUACAGAAGGGUUAUGUUUGGGAUCAGAGAGUACAACUGUUUCAAGCUCAGCUCAGGCUCUAACAAAGAAACAGGUUCAGGCUAAAGUUCAGACAAAGCUAGAUUUAGAGUCAGGUUUAGGAUUGUAUAUGGAGACAUUAUUACAUUCACACAGUAAAUUUACAGUAUGGACAAUCUGACAAAUAUUGAGCACUGUAUCACAUAUAAAGAACAUUGUAUAAGGGCUACAUAGCCAAUUUCAAAGCAACAAAUAAAUUUGUAUUUUAAACCAAAUACCUAAUAUUUCAUGUAUAAAUCUAGUAGAUGAAACAAGGGAAGAAUGACAAAUGAAAAGUGAUUGAGACAAUAUGUGCUAAAAGAACUGAAGGGCUGUGUAGAUAUCAAGCUCUUGUAGCAGUAGUUUGCACCUAAAAUCUCUCUUUUGUCAAGGCAUUUCCAGAAAGGAAAAGACCUUUGACCAAAUUGCUUAGGCUUAUACAUAUAUGUAAGGUACAGAUAUGAGAGCUGUAUGAGCUGGUCUCGGCUAACAACGAAAAAUAUACACAAAAUACUGAUCUUUUAACACGUAUUUCAAAUUGAGGUUAUAUGCUCCUAAACAUUACGACCCCGAACCCUGUUGCAUGUUUACCUUUAAAGAGAGCGAUGACGUCACGAGGAGUGGAACGGACCAACGGUUCCUGUGAUGUGCUUAUGACGUCAGAAGACGAUUAACUGGGCUGAUUUGCUCUUUCACUCAGACAAGCUUAACAAACCAAGGUAACAAAAGCAGUGUACAUUUAGUUAAAUUCACGAAACGCGAAUAACGGUCAAACAGAAUGAAUAAGCCUACAGUAGAAAUGCUUGAGUCACAGGACUUGACGGACAUUGAACUAGAAAAGGUUAUUGUUCCACAGAUAGAAAGUAUUUUCACACAGUUGAGCAGGCAUCAGAUAGAACUGCUAAAGUCUGGCGAGCCCGAUGAUUUCGCAAAAGGCUUGUUUGCGAAGUUGCUGCUGGAUCUUAUUGAAAGCCUGACGAAGGCACGAGCUGAGGCUCUGAAUGACAACGGUGUAGCCGUGCUACAGCAUCUCCUUAUUUCAGAUUUAUCCAAAGCACUCGCUAUGAGUUUUUCCGAGACCUUCAACAUUAAACAGGCCUGUGCAGACCAAUUGGCCGACGUAAUUGUAACGGAGGCCAAAGGAAGCCUUCAGUCCCUGUCUAGUGAGGACUGCGUAACCAUUCUUUGCACACCAACUGAUACGACUUCGGUCCAUGGAUCGGGGACUGAGACACUGGCACAAGAACAGUCCCUAGACAUCAACGUUGUGGAAGAUAGGACACCUUCCUCAGCUGCCAGUGUUUCUGCCGCAGUAUAUGUGGAACCUGGGGAGGGUCUAGAACUACAGACAAAGAAAAAGAUGAUGUUUGUCAGGUUGCUGUUGGAAAAGCUGGUCUCAAAGACAUACAAAGAAGCAAAAAUUGACAUUAGAUUAGGAAAGCCAGAAGCCAUUAUUGAGGAAUUAUAUGAUGAAUCACUGGCAGAGGUGAAAAACAUCGACUUUGACACCAGCAGAAAAGGCAAAAAACUCUACAAGGCCAUUUUCAAAGAACUUCAUGAGAAUUCGAACAAUUCAUAUAUGCAACUUCUGGUUUCCAUGCAAACAGAUUCAAAAAAAGUGGCAAAAUGCAUUGCCUCAUCUAUCAGAUCUCACCUGACAAAACCAAAACAGUGUAACCCCACCUCCAAUUUCUUCUCACCUCUACUUGGCCAAAUCUUCAGACAAACAAACAGAGUUGGGAUUGUUUAGGUGAAUGUAAGACUCAUGGUGUCUCUUUUUUCCCUUCCAGAGUCUAAUAAAGAGUUCCAGUCCUGCCUCACAUCAAGGUUGCCUUCUGCAGAAGUAAAUCCCCACCAAAACAUUUUGGUGGGGAUUUACUUCCACAGCCUCCUGGUUUCCUGGUUGUGAGGCAGUUCUUGGUCUCAGGUCACCCCAGUAGACAACUGUUUGACAGAUAGAUAACCAGGAUCCUUUCUGAGUGUUACAGUUGUCUACUAGUGCUGUCCCUGGUAGGCCAAAGGUUAAGGUGCAGCACUCUCGCUAUGGCACCCCAGGUUCGAAUCAGGGUUGCGUCAGGAAGGGCAUCUGGCGUAAAACACGUGCCAAAUGUCAUCAUGCGAGUUGACCAUGUGAUGAUUUGCUGUGGCGACCACUAAACAGGAAAAGCUAAAAGUGACUUUCAACAGUUGCCUGUUGUGGGUUUUCUCCAGGAGCUCUGGUUUCCCACUCUUAAAAAAAAGAACAUGCAACUGAUUCUUAAUUUGGACUUAUUUUGGCUCUUUAAGUUGUACUUCAAAAUCAUGAAAUCAAAUAAAAACAUUUGAAUACAUCAAAUUAGAGAUUUAUUAUUGCUUUAUUUAUUAUUGAGGUCUUAGUUAAAGGUGCACUGUAAA